AUGACAACGCUACAGGAAAAGCCUGUCGCCAGCACCUCCGUUCGCUCUGCGCGAUUCCGUAUCAGAGAAGACAUCAAGAGAGACGCUCGAGGAUUCGUAAGGACGGCUAUAGAGAUGCUCGGAGCUGCAGCAUCUAUGACUCAAAACGUACCAUACCUAGGCAUGGUGUCAGGGGUUCUCAACGAGAUCAUCAAGAUGGAGGACGAACUCAACACGUACAAGCAAGAAUGGAGGAUGACCAUGACCAGUGCGCGCCAGAUUCACGCAGUCGUUCAGAGCCUCACGCAGCGGUGGUCCUCGGCGAGCGACACGGCCGUGAUCCCCGAUGAUUUGGUGCAGCCAUUCGACGAACUUGAGAAAUGCCUCGUCCAGACCGUGGAGGCUCUCAACGCGUGCCAGAUAGAGGCAGCCGGCAAUCAAUCUACCACGAGUCGCUUGAAGAGGUUCAAGGUCCGUAUACAAGAGCACAUCAAUCGCAAGUCGCUCUUGAGCGAGGUUCAGCAGUGUCGGAGGGACAUGCAAGCAGCACUCCGUCUUUUCAACACACAGCUACAGAUAGACCAGUCGAUACGACUGCAUGCGAUGGUUCCAGCACCCUCACAAGUGCAUGGCAUAUCGCGGGUUCGCGAUACAGCCUCUGAAUCGAAGGUGGUCCCCUCCCCGACGGAAAUCCUCCCCACUGUCCCCGCGAUUCUACACGGUCGGGAGUGUGAGGUCGAGUGGAUCCUGCAGCUUAUCUCGGAAACCAACUCCCCCGCUCGAGUGGCUAUACUUGGUCCAGAGGGUAUGGGACAGACGUCUCUGGCGUUAGCUAUACUACACCACCCGGACAUCGAGAGAACAUAUCGACGCUAUUUUCUGUCCUGCGAAGCAGCAUCAUCGGCCGAGAAUGUGGCUCUCGAACUUUUGAACACGUUUGGUCUAGUCUAUGAUUCGCAGCGCGGCCUUGCGCCACGAGACUUCCUUUUUUCGUGCUUACAGGACUUCUCGAAGACGUUGCUUCGUUUGGACAACCUUGAGGUUCCCUGGGACGCGGACGUGCAAGCAACGGAGGACCUCCUGUCCAGACUCGCAUCCUUACCGCACUUCACUCUGCUCGUCACGGCGCGGGGCACCGAUCGCCCCCUGCACAUAUCAUGGACGAAACCUCUUCUCCCUCCCCUCGAACCCCUCACGUUGAGCGCCGCCUUGGCCACUUGGGACGAGAUCUGUGGUUCGCAUGACGAACUCUCCGUCCAGCUCGUUCGCGCUGUGGAUUGCGUGCCGCUCGCCGUCACACUCCUAGCACAUCUAGCGGAAAGCGAGACUGCCGGAUCGCUCUUGGAACGCUGGAAGCACGAGCAGACGGAGCUUCUACAAACGCGGGGACUUAGCCACCGGCUGACGAGUAUCGAUGUUUCGAUACAACUGUCUCUGAACAGCCCGCGCUUGCAAGAUGCCGGUGUCGCUCGGUCAUUCCUCGGCGUUUUGUGCACGCUUCCGCAAGGUAUCCCGGACUCCGACAUAUCGACUUUCGCAAGUUGCUUGGCCGGGGAACUCUCAGAUAUACGUCGCUCGAUUACUCUCCUCAAGCAAUGCUCACUCAUAUACGUAUCUGAAGACAAAUUCAUCCGUGUCCUUUCCCCAGUACGACAUCACGUCCGGACUCUCUUCCCAAUCCCCGACCAUCUUCUCAUCUGCUUAUUCAGAUACUAUCGCCAAAGGAUCAGACCUCCCUGCACUGAUUACCAAAGCGACAAAACAUACACCGUGGAAAACCUCCAGGCCGAACUUGGCAACAUCUCCGACGUCUUUUCCCUGUGUCUAUCCCGCAUCAGCGAUUUGUGCGAUCGUCUACCUCCCGCCGAGGUUCUCGAAGCAGUCCUCAACUUUCUUCAUCUCGGAAGUACAGUGCUGUACUACAACAUACCGCUGCUUGAUCAAGCGAUUGCAAGCAUUGCCAACUAUUCCCUACCAGGGAUCGCAGCCAAGCUAUGGGCGUUGAAGGGCAACUCUCAUCACGACCUGUUCGCGCCGAAUGAUGCCCUUUCGUCGUUCUCGACCGCGAUCGACCUGUUUCGGGCUGUGCAUGAUCCGCGAGAAGAAGCGGACUGCUUGAACGCGAUGAGCGACGUCUACCAGCAAUUAGACCGUCUUGAGGACACGGGAGAGGCUCUAUACUCCGCGAUCCGCCUGUACGACCUGUUAGAUAACCCUCAUGGGGCUGCGAGCGCUCGACAGAGGCUUGGUCGCUUAUAUCUGCACCUCGGACGCCUAGUGGAGGCGCGCACCAUGCUUGAUAUUGCGAUCAAAACGUUCUCUGAACUGCAUGACAGUCUCAACCUCGCUAACAGCGUCCAGACUCUGGGGGAGCUCUGCAUCAGGUGUGGUCAAUUUGAGGACGCGGAGCGUUUACUACCGGACGCACUUAGAGAAUACCGCGCAAUAGGCGAUGCUCGAGGCGAAGCAGUCGCCUUGCUGAGUCUUGGGAGCCUAUACCAUAACACCUCUCGACCGGAUGAUGCUAAGAGCACGCUCAAAGCCGCUUUGCACAUUUACCGCGAGUCGGGGGAUCAUAUGGGAGAGGCUUUGGGAUUGGAGAUCCUGGGAACCGUGUAUCAGCGCUGUGACCAGCUCCAUGACGCAGAGGAAUGCCUGGAACGUGCACUCACGCUCAACCGUUCCACAGGCAGCCGCCGUGGUGAAGCCAAGACAUUGAACCGGCUCGGCAAUGUGUACCGACAACUAGGUCGAUGGGACGAAGCUAGAGGAUGUCUUCGAUCAGCAUUCGCGCUGUCCACAUCGGUGUCAUACACAGUCGGACAAGGGAACGCACACAGACAGCUGGGAUUACUGUCCAGAGACAUGAACCGAUUUGACGACGCCGAAGCCGAUUUGAAGAGUGCUCUUGUGUACUUCCAACGAGCGCAGCACGCAGGGAAAACAAAGGCGACUGAGAGGGAUCUCGACAUCGUCUUCACACUACGAUUGCGCGCUGUGCCAAAGGAGAGCGUAUUAUCCCAUAGCGACCCAGAAACGGGUGCCCUUAGGCGUUCACAAUCUCACACGUCGCUAGACAGCUUUAUGGAUGGCUGGUGGUAA